AUGCCGGACGCCGCCGCCCACCUGCCCUUCUACUACGGCAGCAUCGCGCGCUCGGAGGCCGAGGAGCACCUGAAGCUGGGCGGGAUGGCGGACGGGCUGUUCCUGCUGCGGCAGUGCCUGCGCAGCCUGGGCGGCUACGUGCUCUCCAUGGUGUGCGACCUGCAGUUCUACCACUACCCCAUCGAGCGCCAGCUCAACGGCACCUACGCCAUCCUGGGGGGCAAGGCGCACUGCGGCCCCGAGGAGCUCUGCGAGUUCUACUCCAAGGACGCCGACGGGCUCUGCUGCCCCCUGCGCAAGCCCUGCAACCGCCCCAGCGGCGUGGAGCCCCAGCCCGGCGUCUUCGACAGCAUGAGGGACAACAUGGUGCGGGAAUACGUGCGGCAGACCUGGAAACUGGAGGGGGAUGCCCUGGAACAGGCCAUCAUCAGCCAGGCUCCCCAGGUGGAGAAGCUGGUGGCCACCACAGCCCACGAGAGGAUGCCCUGGUACCACGGCAACAUCAGCAGGGAGGAGGCGGAACGGAGGCUCUACUCAGGGGCACAGCCUGAUGGGAAAUUCCUGCUGAGAGAAAAGAAGGAGAACCGUGCCUACGCCCUGUCCCUCGUCUAUGGCAAGACCGUGUAUCACUACCGGGUGGACCACGAUAAAUCUGGGAAAUAUUCCAUUCCUGAGGGCACCAAAUUCGACACACUCUGGCAGUUGGUGGAGUACUUAAAACUCAAACCAGACGGGCUGAUUUUCUACCUGAGGGAAGCCUGCCCCAACCCCAACAUGCCAGGUGAGCUGAGACCUCCCACAAUGCCAGCCCAAAUUUCCCUUCCUUCCAGCUGGGCACAGCCCUUGAGGAACCUGGGCCCUCUCAAUGCAGACGGAUACACCCCAGACCCUGUUGGGGCAGGAAAAUCCCGGCUGCUGCCCAUGGACACCAGUGUCUACGAGAGCCCCUACAGCGACCCCGAGGAGCUGAAGGACAAGAAGCUGUUCCUGAAGAGGGACCACCUGAUGAUUGAUGAGGUGGAGCUGGGCGCAGGAAACUUUGGCUGCGUCAAGAAGGGAGUUUACAAAAUGAGGAAGAAGCAGAUUGACGUGGCCAUCAAGGUGCUGAAGAGCAACAACGAGAAGACGGUGAAGGAUGAGAUGAUGAAGGAAGCUCAGAUCAUGCACCAGCUUGACAACCCCUACAUUGUGAGAAUGAUCGGGGUGUGCGAGGCAGAGUCGCUGAUGCUGGUGAUGGAGAUGGCUUCUGGAGGGCCCCUCAACAGGUUCUUGGCUUCCAAGAAGGACGAGAUUACAACGAGCAACAUCGUGGAGCUGAUGCACCAGGUGUCCAUGGGGAUGAAAUACCUGGAGGAGAAGAACUUUGUCCACAGGGACUUGGCAGCCAGGAACGUCCUGCUGGUCAACCAGCACUAUGCCAAGAUCAGUGACUUUGGGCUCUCCAAGGCUCUGGGAGCUGAUGACAGCUACUACAAGGCCAGGACAGCAGGGAAGUGGCCCUUGAAGUGGUACGCCCCCGAGUGCAUCCUCUUCCACAAGUUCUCCAGCAAGAGCGACGUCUGGAGCUACGGUGUGACCAUGUGGGAGGCCUUCAGCUUCGGGCAGAAACCCUACAAGAAAAUGAAGGGCCCUGAGGUGAUCAGCUUCAUAGAGCAGGGCAAGCGCAUGGACUGUCCCCAGGAGUGCCCAGCAGAGAUGUACUCCCUGAUGCAGCAGUGCUGGACAUACAGAUGGGAAGAACGUCCAGGCUUUGUGGCUGUGGAGAACACCAUCCGCUCCUACUACUACAGCAUUGCUGCCAAGCCCGAAAAUGGGCCAGACCCCGGGGACAGGGCCAAAGCAGCUCUGCCCUGAGACUCCUCCUCUGCUCCUCCACCUGCCCUGAAUGGACCUGGAAAGGCUCUUUGUGAAGUUUUGCUUUAAUCUCUCAAACGCUCCUCAGCAGCUGCGGAACUGAGGAUGAGGAGGGACGGACAGGGACACACAGCUGUGCCCCCCAGCUCCUCCAGCCUGACCCAGCAGCACAGACUGUCAAAGCUCCUUCCCACCCAAUUCCAAAGCUGUCCCAGGACCCCAGAGCUUUGUGCCUCCCAGGCUCGCUGAGGAUGAACUGUGUUGGCUUCAGAAAAUCUGGAUUUUUCCAGAUUCUUUAACAAACAAUGCUUUCCCAGGAAACCACUGUGAAAAAUGCCAAUCACUUGUUUUUAAAAUUUUAAAAAAGUUUAAUAGUAAUAAAAUGGUUAUAAAAAUAGUAAUACAAUUAGAGUAAUAAUCAUUUGGACAGUUUGAAUUAGGACAA